AAUUCUGCGUGACAGCUGCUGUGAUGCCAGAUUCAGUCAGUGUUCGUUUGUUAUCAGAAUCGAUUACCAUUUCUUAUCAACAGGUUGUGUUGUACGACCGGUAUCGUGUUUUUUUUCCACUAUUUCCGUGCUAUUACUGGUUAUUUGCGUGUGAAAUGUUCUCAGUCAUCACAGUAAGUGAUACAUGUUCCAAUGGAACUGCAACGGACAGCAGUGGACCGCAUCUUGUCAGUUUAGUAAAAAGCAAACUCAAUUCCACAGCCGAUAUUAAUUAUGUAGUUAUACCGGAUGAGAUAGAAAUUAUCAAGCAAUCCCUCAUCUAUGCUGCUGAUGUCCUUCGCGCUAGCGCUGUCUUCACCACCGGUGGAACUGGAUUUGCCCCUCGUGAUGUUACGCCAGAAGCAACAAAAGCCGUUAUCAAUAAGGAAGCACCUCAAUUGGCUCUGGCAAUGACACUGAAAAGUUUGGAGAAAACCAAAUUUGCCGUUCUCUCAAGGGCGAUAUGCGGCAUAAGGAACCGUACGUUGAUCGUCAAUUUCCCCGGAAGUAAGAAAGCCGUUGAAGAAUGUUUUCUGUCAAUAGUCGAGUUGAUUCCACAUAUGUUACAACUGUUGAAUGAUGACAUCCCCAAGGUUAGAGAGAUACAUAAAAAGGUACAGUCAGAAGGAGGCCAACAGCACGUGCACGUAUGUCCUCAUGCAACAGGUAAAGGAGGUGACGAUAGGAACUCUCCAUUUCCUCUGAUUGAUGUAGAUGAGGCACUUCAAAUUAUUCUUGAAUCUAUUGUGUCAAAGUCUGAUCCGAAAAAGCAAUUCAGUCGAGCCAACAUUCCGCCCUUUCGGGCCUCCAUCAAAGAUGGUUAUGCAUUGAAAUCUGUUGGCGGUAAAGGGGUGAAACGUGUCGUCGGAUAUGUUGCGGCUGGUAGUGGAUUGAUUGGUGACAACUUCAACAUUGACGAGUGCUACAAAAUUAACACGGGUGCUCCAGUGCCCGAGCAAGCAGACGCAGUGAUUCAAAUUGAAGAUACCAAGUUGAUUUCUGCUGAUAAUGACAUAGAACGGAUUGUUGAAAUUUUGACUGAUCCCAGCCCAAAUCUAGACAUUCGAUCUAUUGGCAGCGAUUUACGAAUGGCUGAAGAAGUUUUCGAAUAUCACUUUCCGGUUGACGCCGCUCAAAAAUCUCUGUUAGCAUCUAUUGGAGAGCCACUGAAGGUAGACAAGUUGAAGGUGGUGAUAAUUUCUACAGGUGAUGAGCUCGUUCACCCAUAUGAAGCUUCUAAUCAAGCGACUUCCAUCGAGGGAAAGAUCUACGACUCCAAUACAACGAUGCUGGUUCAAUUAUUGCGGCAGUUUGGUUUCAAUGAGGAGCAGUGUGAAAUGCAGCAGCUUGUGGUCAAAGAUGAAUACGAAUCACUUCGCAAAGAGAUAAAGGCAUUUACUGGCGUAGCGCAUGCCAUAAUCAGCACUGGAGGGGUAUCAAUGGGCGAUAAAGAUUUCGUUAAGCCUGUUCUGCAAGAUUUGGGUUACGAUUUGAAAUUUGGACGAGUCAAUGUGAAACCCGGAAAGCCUUUCACAUUUGCAAAUAAAGGAAAAACGUUAUUUUUCGGUCUACCAGGGAAUCCAGUUUCAGCAUUCGUUACCUUCCAUCUGUUUGCCUUACCUGCCUUAAGGAAAUAUCUAGCUUCCAUCAAUGAGGCACCUUGCACGUUAGCCAAAUGUGUUUUACCUAAGAUAUCGAUUGAGCUUCUAACUGAAAACUAUGAAUUGGAUCCGCGGCCAGAAUUUGCGCGAGCAACCGUCGUUUCGAAAAAUAAUAAACUCUACGCUCGCAUAACUGGCAAACAGGUCAGCAGUCGGCUGAAAAGCAUUGUCGAGGCAGAUGUACUGUUACAUAUGCCGGCACGUUCCUCUUCUAAAACAACGAUGGUGAAGGGAGAAUUUUUGACAGCUUCUGUAUUACGCGCAGACUUUAUAUCGGCUUAUGAGUAAAUAUUAGGUACCUUAUUUAUGUUUGUUCAUCACAUUUUAAGUUACACAUUAAUAUCAACUAGCAAUUAAUAGAAAGCUAUCUUGAGUCUUUAAUCCAAAUAUCUUCUAUUCAAUUAAAAUUAAAAAAUGAAUUGGAAAUAAACUUGUGAUUCUUAGAAAA